AAUGGAUGGAAAGAUACGAAUCAAUAAUUAAAAUUAAAGAGACAAAAUUUGAAACAUUUAGAUCAAUGAUUUAUUUCCUUUAUACUGGAAAAAUUGAACUUGAUCAAUCAUUUCAAGAUUUGAAAGAUCUUUACAUUGAAGCUGAUAUACGUGGAAUAGAGGAGGUUGUUAAAUUAAUUACAAUAUCUUUUUCAUACAAAUUAAACAAAGAUAACUGGUAUGAAAUAUUUUUGUUAGGAGAUGAUACUAAUAAUAUGUUUGAUAAUUGGUUAGAGAUUGAAAAAAAUCAAGAAACUGAUUAUUUAUUGGGUUAUGAUGACGGGAAAUUAAUCGACCAAUUAAAAAGAGUGGAUAAUUCUAAUACAAUAAUUUCGAAUACUUGGAACCUUGUAUAA